AUGCGCGCCCUCACAGAACAAGAGACCCAGACGCUUUUCACAAAGCUUGCGGAGUACACCGGAUCUUCGCUCAAGAACCUCAUCGCGCCGCUGGACAACUCACCCAACGCCGACCGCUAUGUUUUCCGUCUCUCUCAUAACCGUUGCUACUACGUGAGACUCAGUUUAGCCAAUCUGGCGACCUCAAUUCCUCGUGAUAACCUUCUCUCACUCGGAAUCUGCAUGGGAAAAUUCACCAAAACUGGCAAAUUCCGUCUGCACAUAACCGCCCUCCCCAUCAUCGCCGAACACGCCCGCAACAAGAUCUGGAUUCGCCCGAACGGUGUUAUGCCCUUCCUCUACGGCUCGAACGUCGCCAAGGCUCACAUCGCCAAGUUCCCCGAUGACGCAGUCGAACACUCCGGCGUAAUUGUUUGCACGCAAGAUGACGUUCCCCUCGGGUUUGGAAUCACGGCCCGGAGUACUGCGGAGGCUAGACGGUUAGAUCCUACAGGGAUAGUCUGUUUCCGACAGGCAGACUGUGGCGAGUAUCUGCGUGACGAGGAUACGCUGUUUGCUGGUUAA